CGCCGCGGCGCUAGCGUCAGUUGUCCGUGUGAGGCCUCGCGGGUGGCUGUGGGGCGUUGGAGCUGCUGCUGCCGCAUUUUAAUCUCUUACUUGUGUGACUGAGCUAGACCUUAGAGCUGUCAAAAUGAAGUUUGAAUACAUUUUCCUGCCCUUCUUGAUACAAGGAGUAUGCGGACAGCUGUUCAGCGUUCAGCCGCGGGCGGAGAACGUGGCCCGUCUGGGGGACUCGGUGACCCUAGAGUGCAUCACCCGCGAGGAGGUCAACUGUGCCUGGAAAUUGGAGGACGCCCCAGGCCUGAGCGCCACUGGGUUUAUCAACGUCAACGUGCCCGCUGAGCUGGGCAUCAAGGCGCGCGACCCGACCAGCCGGACCGACUGCACCAUCAUCAUCGAGAGCGUCACGAGCGACCACAACGGCAAAUACCUGUGUUCUCCGUUCACUGCGGCUGGUGGCCAGGAGGACGCCGAGUUCGCUGAAGUCAUCAUUGCUCAGAAGCCGGUGGCUGUGGAGUUCAGCGGCGAGCACGCCGGCCAUUCCGAGCUCCUGGCCAGCGCCGAUGAGCCGGCUUCGAUCACCUGCGAGGCGCGCGACGCCAGGCCCAAAGCUGAACUGCUCUGGUAUCUGGACGACGUCGAGCUGUUCGAGGGCGUCACGGUCGAGGACGAGGUGGACCCCGGCUCGAAGCUGGUCACCAGCCGGUCGACGCUGACGUACCAGUUCAGCCGCGAGGACGAUGGCGCCGGGCUUCGCUGCGCCGCCCGCCACCCGGGAUACGACGAGCAGGACAACCAGGAGGUCUCGAUCAACAUCAUGGUGCAGUACGCUCCGUACCGUCCGGAGGGCGACUUGGGCACGCUGUACGGCUUCACGCAGGACCAGGAGGGCACCGUAACCGUUACUUCACCUCCAACCCCCGCCCCACCGUCAUGGCCUGGACGGUGGAAGGCGGCCGCACGAUCGCCGCCGGCGAGCAGACUGAGGACGCGCCGCUUCAGCUCUGGAGUCCUCGAGGAGGUGAACCCGGCCGAGCACCAGUACGCGCUGACGCUCACCAUCAUGCCGGUGGUGCAGAGCGAUCAGGACGUGCCGUUCCAGCUGCGGCUGGCCAACGCUAUCGGCGAGUCCACGCUGGACUUCCGUAUGGGGACCGGCGCGCCGCCGCCGCCGCCGCCUCAGCCGGCCGCGGAAGGUAACGGCCCAACGGCCGACGCUGACGGCGCCGGCCGCCCCAACAGCGACGCCCACAAUGGGUCGCUGGACGGAGGCGCCAUCGCCGGCAUCAUCGUCGCUUUGGUCCUCCUACUGCUGAUCAUCGGCGUCGUGGUCUUCGGACGUAGCCGUGGCAAGUGGUGUUUCGCCGCGAAACCAUCGGACGCCGGGGCCGAGGCUAGUGAUACUGAGUCGGCUCACGAUGAAAAGACCGAUAAACCUGAGAAGAAACCUUUCAAACUGUCCAACCUCUACUCUAGCCUGGUGACCAAGAAGAGGGAGGCCGACGUGGAAAUGGCCGACAACAAGGACGAGACCAAGGAGCUGACGGCGACCGAGGGCGAGCAGGCGUCGCCGAAGAAGGAGGCGGAAGUGGUGUAUGCCGAGCUGGUGCUAAACAAGGACGGCGUGAAGACCGAGGUGCGGCCCAGCCCCGAGAAGACCGAGUACGCCGUCAUCGUUGGCACCAAGAAGGAGGAGGGCAAGGAGUGAGGCGGUCAGUGGCGAAGCGGGCGGCACCAGUCGUCCGUCCUGUGUCGCUGCGGCGGCCGCAUCCGCGGCCGUCGCCGCCCGCUGGCGGCGGUCACAGACCGGCCGUCGACAGCGUCCGAGAGAGGAACUGACGAGGAGAGUACGGAUGUGAUGGGACAGUGGGGAGGAAGAGCGUGCGAUGUUAGAAGCGUUCGGCUUCGACAGCCUUGACGGCGGCUGCACAGGUUGGAGACGGCCCCCGAGUGAGAGGGCGGCGAGCGCCGGAGGGAUGGAGUGACGCCACACGUGCACGGGCAGCGGACGGCGCUGUGACCUCUGUGGUGACCUCUGACCUCGGCCUCUGUCGUCAGGCAGCGAGCAGGUUGAGCCAGACUGCUAUCGACUGUCAAGCGAGUCCUUGAUCCGCCGGUGGCAGCGAUUGUGACAGGAAGGCAGGCUAGGUACCGGGCUUGGUGUUGUCGCAUUCGAAGAAAUGCUUUUUAUUAGCCUUCCAGAAGUAAAGGCACAGCUUUUGGUGUGAGCAUUUGCUGAAGAUGUUUCUUGCCCAGCGAUUCUAUGACACUUUCGCUUCUUCAAAAAGGAAAAGCUUGGCAGUACAAAACGCUUGUAAAGCAUUUAGUGGAUAUCUCAUGCACCUACUUACCGACGCCAUUAUAUAUGUUACGUGCUGUCGUCUUUCCAUCUCACUCGCGGCAUUGCCCCAUCGGUGUUAUGCUGUGCUUUUUGGCGUUGCCGCUCCCCGGGAAGGCGCUCGUGAGAAGCGGGGGAAAACGUCUGCCGUGGGAGGAGCUGCACUCAUGUAAUGUACUCUUAGAUGGAGAUGUACCGCAUCAUUCAGACGUACGCGUGUGUCUGCGCAUACCGCGCCGCGGCAGCUGCUUCUCUUGCGGUCGCGUUGGCGGACACCGCCAGCCGGUGCGUCACGGCGCAUGCCCGCCGUGGCCCGGAUCCGGCCCCGGCUGUUUUAGCUGUUCGUGAGACGCGUCGUGCGCCCGCUCUGUGCAUGAUCGUCACCUGUCGCCUGUCUUUGGUGUGUGCCGGACUGUGCUCGUCGCGGGUUCCAUUCGCUGUGCCUGCCGGCCCCAGCACUGGAGCGGACGCAGAGGCCGGCCGCAGGGUGGUGGCCUGGUGGGAACCGCCACCACUCGUCGCGUGCGAUUAUCCGAGUGCGUGGGUUCAACUCUGGAAGUGUCCUUUCGCGUCACUGGCGGUGAUAUGAUUUGCUCUCUUGUCGCUGGACGCUGCGGUGUUUGCUUGCCACAUGGCCUUCUUGUGAUGGCUCGUACACUGAUGAUUGCUUUGUAAUUUUUGUAUCACUCAAAUACAUUUCUGAGACGUC